AUGGGAGAAAUUGAGAGAAAGGAAAGUAAAGUCUUCUUCAUAGAUGGUACGGGGAAGACAUAUCUCUAUCGUGCUAUUCUGGCGACUGUUAGGAAAAAUGGUGGUAUUGCGUUAGCAACAACCACGUCGGGAAUUACUGCUACUAUGCUACCUGAUGGGAGGACAACACACUCAAGGUUUCAACUUCCAAUGACACCAGCAUCAACUUCAAUGUGUCGUACGAAUAAACAAACUGAGCAAGCUAAACUUUUGAGGCAUGCUACCGUCCUUAUGUGGGAUAAAGCUACAAUGGCGCAUCGCUAUUCUUUGGAAGUAUUUAAUUGGAUGAUGAGAGAUAUCACAGGGGUUGCUGAACCAUUUGGUGGAAAGAUUCUAAUCAUGGGAGGUGAUUUCCGUCGGGUACUACCAGUGAUUCGAAGGAGUACAAGGGGACAAACAGUCGAUGCAUGUCUUAGCAUGAGGAUAAUUCAAAAUGAUAUUGAGUUACAUUGCAUUCUUAGCAGACCACAUUUGUGGGAAAAUGUAAAUGUUUUACAUCUGAAGAAGAAUAUGCGUGCAGCCGAGGAUGUAUCUUAUUCUGAGUUUUUUAUUCGUGCUGGUAACGGGGAUGAACCUUGCGUUGCUAAUGAGAUGAUAAAGGUUCCGGAAGAGAUGGUCAUACCAUGGGUUAGUGAUGCUUCUUUGUCUCAGCUGAUAGAUGUAACAUUUCCAAACUUGGUGGAAAAUGCCAGAGAUAGAGACUACAUGGUCAAUAGGGUAUUGAUCACACCAUUGAACGAAGAAUUAGUUGAUAAUAGAGAAGGUGUGUACACAUUCCAUGUUCAAGAUGACAUCUACCAUAGAAUAGGCAGUCUUCUACCUCCCGUGGUUGAAAAUGAAACAGAUCCUCCAAGUACAGGUCGUCCCAUAUAUAUACAGAUGUAUAUUAAUGAUACAGAUAACCAGAUUAAUUGGAGAAUGAAAGAAGGUGGUGAAGAUCUAAACAGAGAGGUGAUGGAGAAGUUGAGGAUAAUUCUAGAUACACAUAAUAGGUUCGUGCAUGUAAUCAGGCCACUUGCACAACGAGAAGACAUCCAAAGGUGCAAGCUGGUGAUUAAAGAGCAACCUAAGACCGAGAAUUAG